UGUAUUAAUGAAGUACAUUGCUGCUUAUGCUUUACUCGUUUUAGGAGGUAACAAUGCCCCAAGUAUUACUAAUCAUAAAUAUUUAGCUGAGGAUGAUGUUACAAAAUUACUUAAAGAAGCUGGAGUUGAACCAGUUGCUGCAGAUGUUAAAAAUGUAGUCAAUACAUUAAAAGGAAAAAAUUUGAAUGAUGUUAUUAAAGAAGGGUAAAAGCAAUUGACAAGUUUAUCAGUAGGAGGAGGAGCAUGUAAUUAUAAUUUAUUAUAAUUAAGCAUAAAGCUCUGCCCCUGCACCAUAAGCAACAUCCACUGCUUAAACAGCUCCAGCACCAAAAGCUGAACCACCAAAGAAGGUUGAAGAACCAGAAGAAGAUGUUGAUAUGGGAGGACUCUUUGAUUGAGC